CAGACGUCAAAUAAAAAAACAGAUGUCUCUAAGACAGAAAAAGAAAAGUCUCACCCAAAGCCAACUGCUGAACAAUUGCGCAUUGCCCAGAUCACCAAUAGUAAUACAUCAGAGGAUCCGCAAAUGCGCGAAAAAGUCGCCACACUCAUAGAGAUGACUCAGCGUUCCGAAGAGGAAGUCUGUUGUGCAUUAUACGAGUGCGAUAACGAUUUAGAGCGUGCUGUUGUAUAUCUUUUAGAGACACUUCCAGUGGGAGCAUUUGAGACAUCUUCAAAGAAGAAAAAGAAUAAAGCUGCAAGUGCCGGGCAGGAGAAUGCUGGUGGCGAUGGAGAAUGGAUUGAUAGCAAUGCCAAUACGGACAGACGCGAAAAGUCACGUAACCGGAGCAGCAAUCGCGGUGGUCGCGGUGGUACCGACAGCCGUGGCUGGCGCGGCAGAGAGGCUCGCGAGAACGAGCGCAAUUUACGUGAUUCACGCGGAGGGGAUGAUCGCAAUGACAAUUAUCGGCGCAGAGAAGGUGGCGGAGGUGGUGGUGGUAGUCGCAGUGGCGGUGGUCGUGGUGGUGGUUAUGCCGGCCGCGGUGGUCGGGGCGGCGGUCGAUUCGGUGGAGGUGGCCGUGGCACUGGCGGUCGUGGCGAGCGUGGAUACAAUUCCCGCUCUGGCGCAAAUGAAGAUCACCAAGAGGUAGAGCUUUGGGACAAUACUAUAGCUCAGAAUGCCGAGAAACAGCAGCAACAAUUGCAAGAUGAUGCCUGGGGCGAUUGGGAUAAUGAAGAGUAUGUAGGUUCACUAAAAGAUAGCAAAGUAUUCACGACGAGCAAUUUGCCAAACCAGACGGCGGCAAGUGUGGUUAGCGGUGGUGUUAGUGGUGUGAGUAGUGUAGUAAAUAGCGGUACAAGUGAGUUAUCAGCGCCCCCCGGGCUAGAGCACCAUUUGAGCACUUCGGGGCUAGUAGGCAAUGCAACGUCCCCACAACAGCAACAGCAAGGAUCUCAUUUGAAUACGCUCGUUGGCAGUUCGGUUGGGGUGACGGGCGGCAGUGUGCCUGGAGUUGUUAGCGGCAGCAGCAGUGGUCUAAUUGAAGAUAACUCAACUGUCAGUUCAACAGUUGUGCAGUCUGCGUCAGUGUCUACAACACCUAUGAUGCAAUAUAGUGCAGCUGUAACCAGUUCACAGCUGCCACAAUCGCAGCCGCUGACACCACAGCAGCAGCAACAACAACAACAACCGUCGGUUCUGUCGACGCCUCUUAGUACUGCGCCAUACGGCAACGCUGCAGAUACAUUUUCAAAUGCUGCUACGGCGGCCGCAAACUUGGUGCAGCAAGUGCAGCAACAACAGCAGCAGCCGCAAUCACAAAUCAAAGCUUCUGCUACACUCUCUGCCGAGCAAUCUCAGUAUUUCAAUUCUUUGACAUCGCAAAACGCCGCUGCAGCGGCAGCGCAGCAACCAUUACAGCAGCAGCAGCAGCUGGCAACGACGUAUGCACAAAAUGCUGCCGCUGUGCAAUAUCCAACUUCAUAUGCAAAUGUAUUUGGUUCAGCAGCAGCGGUCACCACGGCAGCCACCGCUGGACUCGGCGUAGCCGGCGCUGAUCAAUCACAGCUCUCGAGUGGGGUGCAACAGCCGCAAGUGCGAAGAGCACGUGCUAAAUUGCCACCACCUUCGAAGAUUCCAUCGACAGCUGUGGAAAUGCCAGGUGACACAUUGAAUAAUAUUGGCUACUUGGAUGUGCAAUUUGGAGGCCUUGACUUCGGCACCGAAGAUACUUUCGAAGCAUUGCCCGAGAAGUUUGGAGCGUCAGUGACAAUGGAUGGUCAACAACAGCAGCCGCAACAAACACAGUCCCAACAGUUGGUACAAUCACAGCAGGAUGUUACAACUGAUUAUCAGAGCAAGUCAACUGUGCAACAACAACAAAGUUCACUAACGGCAGGCCUGCAAAGUGCACAACUUGGUGAUGCAUUGUCAAGUGGCUAUUCACAACGUGGUGCAGGAGCUGUACAACAGCAACAGCAAGUUGUGAGCGGGGGAAGUGGUGUUGCUGUGGGCGUGGGUGUUGGUGGUGGUGCCUCAUCGGUCGGUGGUACCUCUAAUCACACAUUAGAUUUGUCUAAGAGCGAUCCGUAUGGUCAGUCGCAGAGUGCAACGAACUCUGCUGGUGGAUAUCAAACGAGCGCUUAUCAAACCAGCGUUUCGGUUGCCAACAAGACUGCAAAUGCCUACCAGCCAUCUGCUGGCGGACAAGUGUAUAACAGUAGUAGUUAUGCUAACGUACAGUCUUCUGUUGCUAAUACAUACCAACCGCAGUCCUACGGAGCGUAUCAACAGAAUUCUAUGAAUUCAUAUCAGCAACAGGCGGCAGUCCAGACAGCAUCGAACUCUGUAACAGGGGGCGCUGUAAAUGUUGGAGGUAGCAGCAGUGGCAAUACGACACAAAACAUUCCCGUAGUUGGUGGCAGCGGUGGUAAUAGCAAUGCAAAUAGCAAUACAAAUACUGGAUAUUUGUCCUCCGGAUACGCAACACAGCAAGGUGCAUACCAGUCCAGCCAAAGUGUGUACGGUGGAACUGGUCUCUCGAAUAGCACAGG